AUGGCUCCCAUUUCCCAGCCAUUGGCUGUGACCAAAAUCCGCCUCCCUCACCCUUACCUGACUACCUACAAUCUGUCCUUUGCAAGCGCCACCAUUGAAGGAAUCGGUUCUUUUCAACUGCGCAAGACCGACAAUGCGGAAGCACAGACUAUGCCCCAAGCCUUGCACAAUGACAAUCUCCACUUCACGGCACCGCAACCUAUAAGCCCCCAGAACGAUAUCCCGGCAUCAAACAACACCGCCUGGGCCCGCGCGCAAAGAAGCCCCUCUGCUAUUGCGCGCUGGGAAAGCAGCGUGGCUCCAUCAGUCGGCCAGAUUUGGUUGUACCUCUACACGAUCUUUACCGUGCAGGAAGAGACCGAAACCUUCCGUCUCAAGCUACAAGGUCCCAAUGCCGAGAGUCUCGCGCACGCUCUGCGCCUUUCAAUGGUAGCAACGGAACACCCACCACCUGUCAGCUCCGAGAUACUCUUCAAGCCCACACCGAAUGAGCUCCUCAUUCUCCGCAGCGCUUUCUGGCAAGGCUGUGCCUCCCCACUAGGCUCGCAGCCGAUCUGGCUACCAUCGUGGAACCCAGCAGCCUCCGUGCCCCUCCUAGACUGGACCAUGACAUCCACAGAAGCAAUGCACAGACGGCACCCCCGUCGCCACCCGAAGCCUACUCCCGGCGGGGUCGUGUACAGUCGCUACAUCCCCUUUUUGGACGAACACUUCUCGCUCGUGGCGUUGGACUACCGCAACCGGGAACACCUCAAUCUCUUCCACACAUGGCAGAAUGACCCACGCGUUGCGGCAGGGUGGAAGGAAACCGGGACGCUUGAUGAGCACCGGGAGUACCUGCGCAAGCAGGACGAAGAUCCACAUACACUCACUGUUCUCGGGAGGUUCAACGAGGAGUUCUUCUCGUACUAUGAGAUCUUCUGGGCGAAAGAGGAUAACGUGGGUGCGCAUUAUGCUUCUGGGAACUUCGAUCGUGGGCGCCAUACGCUUGUUGGCAAUGAUAAGUUCCGCGGACCGCAUCGCGUUAUGGCCUGGUGGCCUAGUAUGAUUCAUUAUUGUUUCCUUGAUGAUCAUCGUACCGAGAAUGUCAUUGGUGAGCCCAUGAAUACUAAUGAUAAGGUACUUACUUAUGAUUAUACUUUUGGGUUGCAUCAGGAUCAGGUUAUUGAUCUUCCUCAUAAGCGGGCUAGCUUGGUUAAGGUCACUCGGGAGCGGUACUUCCAGUUGUGCCCAUUUAACCAAGUUAGUCCGCACAUUGCGGGUACGGGGUUGGGGUUUAAGCCUCGUUUGUGA